GCUACACUCUUAAAUUCAAGUCGUAAUGAAAAUUUUACGUUUUGUCAGUAUUUUUAGGCGUUUUACACAUUCGUAACGUACAAAAAGAACACUUUUUUUAUAGAAACGAUUUUAAUUAAAAAAUAGUUUUGACCGUUUUUCUUUGGAGAAACUAUUGGCCAAAAUUUUAGAAUGGGUUUCGAUACUACUUUGGAUACAGUGGAAAAUGCUCGUUUUACAUAUAUCUAUUCUCCACUUAUUAGUCGGAUGCUAAAGGAUCACAAGCUGAUCUUCAAGGACUAUGAGCUAACGAGCAUCAUAAUGGUUUUUCACAAAUUCGUCCUUGCUAAUGGACCCCGUGCCAAAUUCAUGACGAAGCUGCAGCUGGCGAAUAUGUUGGGAUUCAUUUUUGAACUCGAUGACAUGGAAAUUGUCUCUGUUAUUGUAGACCGGAUUUGUCAUUCUGAAAGCUCUCCAUAUCCCGAUUAUACACCCGAAAAGUAUUGUAAUGUGGAAUCAUUUUUGCACCUUUUCAAGGUAUACUUCAGUAGAGAUCUACAGCUAAAGAUGGAGUUUGCUUUUUCGGUUUAUGAUCGCGGAGAUAAGGGCCAGCUGAAUAGCGAAGAAGUCGGACAUUUUGUUUCAAAAUAUUUUGAUAACGUCGACGAAGAAGAGGCCCAGGAGCUCCGAUUGGACAUGAAGGUGUUAAUAAUGCAAAAAUUUGAUCUGGAUAAGGACACUUUUAUACAGGCCGAGGAAUACUACGAUGUGGUGACGCGGCAGCCUAGAUUACUGGAAUUUCUUGGUCAAAUAUAUCCAUCGAAUCCUAAGAUGGAGGUCAUAGCGGUAUGCUCAAAUAUUUUGUCCUGGUUUGAUGACUCUCCAAAUCCACGGAUAAUUUCGAAAACAGAAUCGAACUAAGGAUUGUCUACAAAAUUACCAAUAUGAUUGCAAUAAU